AAGGCAGAAUCUGAUCUGGAUUAUAUUCAACACAGACUGGAGUUUGAAAUAAUGAAAAGUCUUCCUGAUGAUCCAGCACCAGAGGAAAAUCCAGUUGCCCUCUUGGAAGAACUCGCCAUGGUGAAAUCUCGUUAUAAAAAGUUAUGCAUGCAGAUGGACAAAAUUUACACAGAGCAGAGAGACUCCAUGAAGGCCAUCCGUGCUGCUCUGGAGGGCACAGUGAAGGUGGUUCAGGCUUUACACCAACAUACUGGUCUUGAGCACUUACCUCUGUCAGAGGAAGAGCAGAUGGCAGCACAGCAGUUAACCUGCCAAACCGUUAGAGAAAUGGAACCCCUCCUGGAAGAGCCAUGUUGUUCAGGAUCUACAGUUCCUGGCUCAACUGAAGAACCACAUUUCAAGCCUUUGGCUGAGGAGACACUUCUGACCGUACCGCGGGGCAUCAGAAGCACUGUUAAACUAGCAGACUUGAACACUUUGUAGUGGGAGUUAUUUAACCACUUUGUUGUAAAUAAGAACACAUAAGACUUAAAAGCAGCACUGAGCAUUUUGCAGAUGAAGAAGAUGAAUAUGAAAGCCACUGACUCCAGAAUACGAAUCUUGAAAGAACUUGCUAUUGUGGAACUUGACAAACAAGGAAAUGUUAAAUUAGUUGUGUAA